AUGGCACCCUUUCUAAAUGGAGACCUGAGCGCUAACAACGGCAUCGAUCACAAUGACAAAGCAGAUGGAUCAAUGCCCAUAGCGAUUGUGGGCAUGUCGUUUCGAGGCCCUGGAUCGGCGAAUAACAUUGAGACCCUCUUCAAAAUGAUUUGCGAGAAAAGAGAAUCGCGAACAGCGAUUCCGAAGUCCAGAUGGAACAACAAGGCAUUCUAUCACCCCAACUUUCAACGUCAUGGGUCCCACAAUGUUGAAUAUGGGCAUUUUUUUCAGGAUGAUAUCUCUAAGUUUGACGCGCCGUUCUUCAAUAUGACAAGGGAAGAAGCUGCUGCACUCGAUCCAGCACAACGACUGCUUCUAGAAACCACAUACGAAGCAUUGGAAAACGGUGGCAUACCUUUGGAGAAGAUUGUGGGAACGAAAACGUCUGUCUUCGUCGGCUCCUUCGCUACAGAUUACACGGACCUCUUAACUCGAGAUCCAGAAUCUGUACCAAUGUACCAGUGCACUAAUAGUGGACAAUCUCGCGCAAUGGUUUCCAAUAGGUUGUCCUACUUCUUCGACCUUCACGGCCCGAGUGUCACAGUUGAUACAGCAUGUUCAGGAAGUUUGGUAGCGCUACAUUUGGCUUGCCAGAGUCUGCGGACAGGAGAGGCUAAUUCAGCAAUUGCUGCUGGUGUAAAUGUGGUGUUGAACCACGAAUUCAUGACCACAAUGAGCAUGAUGAAAUUUCUAUCACCUGAUGGCCGCUGCUAUGCAUUCGACGAGCGUGGGAACGGUUACGGACGCGGUGAAGGUGUAGGCACGGUUUUCCUCAAACCACUUGCGGACGCUUUGAAGGACGGUGAUACGAUCCGAGCUGUCAUCCGAGGAUCAGCUUCGAACCAGGAUGGUAAAACAUCUGGUAUCACACUACCCAAUCCUGUGGCCCAAGAAGCUCUGAUCAGAGAUGUGUAUCAUGCCGCUGACCUUGAUCCACUUGACACUGGCAUAGUGGAAGCGCACGGUACUGGCACCGCUGCUGGAGACCCUCUGGAAUUGCGGGCCUUGACCAAUUCGUUCUGUGGCACCAAUCGUCCUGAAGACCGACCUCUCGUGAUCGGAUCUAUCAAGUCCAACCUUGGUCAUCUAGAAGGAGCAAGUGGCAUUGCCGCUGUAGUCAAGGCGGUGCUAAUGCUGGAACAAGAAGUCAUAUUGCCAAACCAGAAUUUCGAAAAACCAAACCCAAGGAUUCCCUUUGCGGAUCGGAAACUCAGGGUUCCUACCGAAAUGCAGCCGUGGGACUCGUCAGGACCACUACGCGUAUCAAUUAAUAGUUUCGGAUACGGUGGUUCCAAUGCUCAUGUUAUUCUUGAGUCGACACGAACAUACCUGAGUUCACGCGGACUUUCCAGCGCCCAAAAAGUGCCAACACAUUUUCUACGUCACAGGUAUGGAGUAGCAAAUGCUAGUCCCAAGCUGGCUGGUGCGCUCAUGUAUGAAAAUGGAGAUCCACCCGUUGAUUCUGUGUUGCCAAAUCACAGUCGUCCGAAGCUUUUUACGCUUAGUGUCUUUGAUGAGCCUACGGCUCAACAGCAAAUUCAGACUUUGGUCAAACAUCUUCAGGAGCGCGGCAUGUCUCGACAAGCUGGAUUCCUGGACGAUCUCGCCUUCACUUUGAACGAAAGAAGAACAAACUUUAUUUGGAGAGCUUCGGUAGUCGCAGCGUCUCUCAAGGAAUUAAUUGGCGCUUUAUCUAGACCCACAAAGUUUUCGCGUUCUUUGAAAAGUCCUACAUUGGGGUUCGUUUUUACCGGACAGGGAGCUCAAUGGUGUGGGAUGGCCAAAGAGCUUCUAGAGGUGUAUCCAGUGUUCAAAACAACAAUUCGCAGAAUUGGAAAAUACCUGCAUUCAAUUGGAGCACCUUUUAAUGUUGAAGAGGAGAUCACGAUGGACCCAAAGGUAUCUAAAAUCAACAAAGCGUUGUACAGUCAACCAAUGUGUUCUGCGAUUCAGAUAGCUUUGGUGGAACUGCUCGCCUCUUGGAACAUCAGACCUACGUCAGUGACUGGUCAUUCGAGUGGGGAGAUAGCUUCGGCCUACGCAAUAGGCGCGCUGAGUCUCGAAGAUGCAAUGACUGCUGCAUAUUACCGCGGCGUUUGUUCUACCAAGAUGCAAGAAGAGCACAAAGCUAACGGGGCAAUGAUGGCAGCCGGACUAUCCGAGGAAGACGCAACACGGUUUCUUGCUGAACUUAAGUCUGGUAAGGCUGUAGUGGCAUGUUCAAACAGCCCCUCAAGCGUCACUAUCUCUGGAGAUGUAUCCGCGGUUGGUGAACUGCAAAAGAUCUUAGAGUCCAAAGGCAUUUUUGCGCGGAUGCUUGCUGUCGAGGUUGCUUAUCAUUCGCAUCAUAUGGAGCUUGUCGCGGAAGAAUAUGCGAAAGCAAUUGCGGGAAUACGGAUACGACAGGGUAACGGAGCAAAAUUUUACUCGUCGGUGUACGGCCGUGAGGUCGGUACGGAAGAACUUGGUCCAAGCUACUGGGUGAAGAAUUUGCUCUGCCAAGUAAAGUUUACGGAUGCAAUUCGUCAACUAUGCUUAGCUCCUGCUAUCCAAAGUAAAAGACGACAAGUCAAGAGACAUGGCGUAGACGUCUUGGUGGAGAUUGGGCCUCAUUCAGCUCUCGCUGGGCCUAUCAAAGAGACAAUCCAGAGCGAUCCAAAACUGAAAGCUGCAGACAUCACGUACACUUCAGCCCUAGUUAGAAAGAUGGAUGCUGUACGAACUGUCCUCGAUUUAGCUGGGAAACUGUCAGCGAUAGGGUAUCAGGUCAAUUUUUCGGCGAUGAAUCGGCCCACGGCAGAUCACAGCGCCAGUGUCUUGGUUGACCUGCCGUCUUACACUUGGAAUCACUCCACAUCAUACUGGGCCGAGCCGCGGCGCAGCAAAGCAUUUCGGAACAGAACCUUCCCAAGGGUGGACAUACUGGGAGUGCGCGAUGAGAACUCAGAUCCAUUGCAGUUGAGCUGGCGCAACCAUCUUCGCACUUCGGAGAUACCGUGGCUCUUGCAACACAAGAUUCAGUCCAGCGUAGUCUUUCCAGCAGCAGGUUUCAUUGCUAUGGCUAUCGAGGCGGCUGCUCAGCGGUCAAAGGAAAGACUCAACAAGCAAGUUUCCGGCUACCAGCUUCGUGAAGUCAACAUUGGAACUGCGCUUCUUUUGCCUGAGCAAGAAUCCGUGGAGACGAUACUAACCUUGAAGCCGAUUCGAGAUAGUUCCAAACGGCAUUCCAAUACCUGGAGCGAGUUUCACAUAUAUUCAGUAACGAAUGAUAACCACUGGACGGAACAUUGUCACGGACUCAUUUCUGUGCAGCACCAAAGACAGCAAGAUAGUAGCGGAGGAACUCGCCUCAUUACUCAAUCGUCAACAGUGGACGAGUUCAGAACCACCCUUCCAAUGCCCGAGUUUUACGAGCAUCUCUCUAGUAUUGGCCUUGACUAUGGCGAGGUUUUCCAAAAUCUGGUUGAGGCUCACUCUUGUCCAGAUAAGCUGACUGGAGUUUUGCAGCUGCCUGCAACAACGAGCACCAUGCCUUUGGAUCAAGAACACACUUAUGUGAUACACCCUGCUACUCUAGACGCUAUACUACAUACAGUAUUUGGUGCACUGUCUGCGGACACAUGGCUCCAGGACCCUGCUAUCCCGGUUUUCGUGUCGAGCUUGUUCAUCUCCGCGGAUAUGCCUUUUCAGGCCGGUCAUCUUCUAAAGGCAAAUGCAACUAUCUCAACACGAGACAACCAAACGAUGAAAACAAAUAUCCUAGUAACAAAUGAUAACAAUAAUACGCCAGUUGUGCAAUUUUCUGAGCUAGAUUGGAGGUUUCUCCCAACACCCAUCGAACAAGAGGAUGUAGUUGACAGCCACCACGUCGCCUACACGCUCGAUUGGGCAGCGGACGUAGAAUUCCUAGAGUUUCAGGAUGCUCAGCAAAUAUCUCACUCUGCUGCAGACUACAUACACCUACUAGGUUUUAAGAAUCCCGAAAUUUCUGUUUUGGAUAUCUCUGCAUCAAGCAGCACCACACUUUCUUUCUUAAAGGCGUUAGAGAUCGGAAAUAGCGCUGCCAAACAAAGAUGCAGGGCCUACACAGUAGCAAAUGCUCAAAAAACCAAAACUGUCCUCGUCAGCGAUACGCCAAAUCUCGCUUACGACCUAGUCACUAAGAAAUCGCUAGAUUUAGAGAUUGGUCCCCAGAAGCCAGAUUUUGAGUUAGAAUCAUUUGACGUCAUCAUUGUAUCAGCUUCAUUGGUACCCUCUAGCAGCCCAGAUAAAGCUCUAGAUCAUAUCAAAAGUUUACUAAGGCCGGGUGGUAGGCUUAUUGUGCUUCAUGAGGGUGCAAUGGACCAAGAUCCAAUCCUCUUAGAAUGGAAAAUAUCCUUACAGCAAACUGGGUUUACCAAUCACAAGCUCACAGAGCUAGACUAUUUAGGUGAAAGGGUAGACCAAGGUUCGCUCUUCGUAGCUUACCCAAGCCAAGAAUUGCACCCCGCUGCCCCCGAGAUCAUAGUCAUGGCCGAAGACCACAAUCAAGCUAUUGAUACGGGUUAUCUAGCUAGCCUCCUAGGCUUAGAUCCUGGAAAAGUUGAGCGAGGUACCAUACACGAUGUCGCGCCUGCCGAGAAAAUACGCAUUGUGUGGGAUCCUGCUGGAGAACUGCUAAGCAGUCCUUCAAUUGAGCAGUUCGAGGCUGUCAAGCGGAUCUUUACUCAGAGCGAUAAGUUACUCUGGGUGACUUCAGGUAGGGGUCAAGGUUCUCGCCGUCCAGAAUCCAGCAUGAUCGCCGGGCUAGCUAGGACAGCAAGGACCGAGAAUGGCGCAGCAAGGCUGGUUACUUUGGACCUUGACGAUGAAGACAAGUUGUCGCAGAAAGAUACCGUGAACAUUAUAUCCGCUGUUGUCAAACGUUCGUUCUUAGGAAAUGAACAGCAGGAUAUGGCUGAGAGCGAGUAUGUUGAGAGGAAAGGCAUCGUCACCAUUCCUCGGCUCUCGGUGGACGACACCUUGAAUCAGGCCCUUGAUUCAUAUCUCAAUUCCAUGGCAAAAGAGAUCCAACUACUACAUCACAAGGGCAUCACCUUUUGUCUUCGUGAUCGACCUCAUGCUCAAGAACCAUUUUCUUUCCAGGAGAUCACCGUUGACGAAGAAUUGAAAGAGAAUGAGAUUCAGGUCGAGGUCAAGGCGAUGACGCUGGUCUCUGGAAACAGCGUGGAUAUCUUCACCCAAGACAUUAGCGGAGUCGUUGUAAAGGUCGGCGGCCAGGUAUUGCACUUAUCGCCAGGUGACCGUGUCUUCGGUGCCGUAUCGAACCGCGUCUCAAAUUCAUACAAAGGAAGAGCCAGCUCUUUCCGGAAGAUACCAGACGGAGUCCCUUUUGAAAUUGCAGUCUCAUAUCCUACUGCUUACAGUACAGCAUAUCACUCCAUUCACCGUCUUGCCAAUCUUUCCAAGACCGACAAAGUUUUUGUCUCAUCAGCUGUGACGCCUAUUGGUCGAGCCUUGAUAGACCUCUGUAGCAGAAAUGGUGCUAAAGUAUACGUUGGCGUGAGCAAUGACAAGGAGGCUCUCUUCAUGGAAUCCACCCUCCAUCUCCCCAAGGAUCAAAUUGUUUACAACAAUGAACAGCACUCCGUUGCAGCCUUGGUUGCAAAUACGGAAGGCCACGGAAUGGACGUGAUAUUCAACACGCUUUCAGGAGAAAUUCUGCAAACGUGUUGGAACUGCAUAGCGCCGUACGGUCGAUUCAUCGAGCUCGGUACUCAGGACCUCAUCGAAAACUCACGCUUGGAGAUGGCCAACUUUAGGAGGAACACGAGUUUUAGUGCGCUGGACUUUUCUCGCCUCCAGCAAGAAAGACUGGCCUUGGCGGACGAAAUAUGGGGCCAGACUCUGGAACUGAUCUCGAACGAUUCAUUUAGCAGUGCUGUGCCCAACCUACAGCUAUUUAACAGCGAGGGUAUAACCCAAGCAUUUGAGCGCUUAAUGGAUGAAGAGAAUACCGACCAUGUGGUUCUUACUUUCAAUCCUAGUGACCGAGUCAAGGUCCUCCCUACCACUACCGAAGAUCAAUUAUUCCAUGCUGAUGCAUCUUAUCUACUUGUUGGCGGACUAGGUGGCAUAGGACGGGCAACGGCGUCGUGGAUGGUUGAACAUGGGGCUAAGAAUCUAAUCUUUGCCAACCGAAGCGGUAUGUCCAAACAGGAAGCUAAAGAUACAGUCCAUGCUCUGAAGUCUAUGGGCGCUCGAGUCCAUGUUCAAAAAUGCGAUGUCAGCAACACUGAUAGUGUUCGCAAACUGGUUGACGAGUGUGCGAAUCAAAUGCCACCAAUUCGUGGUGUGAUUCAAGGUGCAAUGGUUCUACGGGAUAUGCUUCUAGAGAAACUGACUUUGGACGAUUGGAACGCUGUUGUUCGCCCCAAAGUACAUGGAACGUGGAAUCUACACAACCAUCUGCCAAAAGACAUGGAUUUCUUUGUCAUGCUCUCCUCCAUCAGCGGUAUCAUCGGGAACACUACCCAAGCUGCCUAUGCCGCCGGGAACACUUUUUUGGAUGCAUUUUCCGGAUUCCGCAAUGCCCAAGGGCUCCCUGCUGUCACCUUGGACUUGGGCGCGAUCUCAGGCGUCGGAUACCUCGCUUCGGAAGAAAACAAAGAAUUAUCCAAGUCCAUGCAAGAUCAAGGCUUCAGCAUGACGGACGAAAAGCUACUCCUCGCGCUCAUACGAUCCGCAAUUGUACAACCUUUCGGGCAAGAAGGCAAAACGCAGACGAUAACCGGAUUAGGCACUUGGAGAAGCGGCCGCUCCUUAUCUGCCUUGGAAACUUCGAUGUUUUCACAUUUCCGUCGGCAUUCACAGGAAGCCGAAGUCGUCGCGGAGAAAGAGCAAACCUCAAACGGAAAGAUAUCCGUCAAGGACGCUCUACGCUCUUCAGAGUCGGUAGAUGAUGCAGCCGGUGUCAUCUGUAAUGGGCUACUUGGGUACCUAGCAAGCAGAUCCGGCGUAUCUGUGGAGAACUUCAGUUCCGAAAUGUCUCUUACGGAAUGUGGUGUAGAUUCCAUUGUCGCAGUAGAUGUGCGAAACUGGAUUGCACGUGAGUUGGAAAGUUCCAUACCACUUUUGGAGUUACUGGCAAAUCACUCUUUGUCACAGCUCAGCGUGGAUAUUGCUUCACGCUCGAAAUUAGUGCCGGUUGAGGUCAAAUCACGCGGAGCCACGGCUACAUAG